GACAAGGGAACUGGGCAGCUGAGAGGAGGCAGGAGAGGGCUGAAGAAGCCAGAGGAGCCUGAGACAAGACAACAUGUGAGGAAUGCAGACCAAAGGGGAAGGCAGAGAUGAAGCUGAACUCUAUUCCUCUGCCUUUUUGUAGGGAAAGGUAUACAGGAUCCAUUUGGUUAAUCGUCCACACUGGGGGUUCGAGUUCGAGAAAACCUAGGAAUUAUAAGGGCCCCAGAUAGAGAUUGGCUAAGGUCUGUGCUGUCACGCCGGCCUGGGCAUGGCGGAGGCUGGGGUUUCAGCGGCGGAGGCUGUGGCGGAGACAGAACGACAAGGUGGCGGGGAAGCUGAGCUCCGAUGUCCCGGCUGGAGUGAGUCGCAGUUGCGGUCUUACCAAUUUCAGACCCGACAGAUUCCGCGCCUGCAACACGGAGACCCCCGGGCAGAGGAGCUGAUCGAUAAGGAGGAGCCGGUUGUUCUGACCGAUACAAACCUAGUGCAUACGGCACUUAAAUGGGAUUUGGAUUAUCUGGAGGAAAACAUCGGAAAUGGGGACUUUUCUGUGUACAGUGCCAACAACCACAAGUUUCUCUAUUACGACGAAAAGAAAAUGGUUAACUUUAAAAACUUCAAGCCCAAGUCCAGGAGGGAGGAAAUGAAAUUUCCAGAGUUUGUAAAGAAUCUUAAAGAUAUACAACAGAAAGAGAGUGAUGAAAGGUUAUAUCUACAACAAACGCUGAAUGAUACAGUGGGCAGAAAAAUUGUGGUGGAUUUCUUGGGCUUUAACUGGAACUGGAUUAAUAAACAGCAAGCCAAACAUGGAUGGGGACAGUUGACUUCUAAUUUACUUCUGAUUGGCAUGGAAGGGAAUGUGACACCAGCACACUAUGACGAGCAGCAAAAUUUCUUUGGCCAGAUUAAGGGAUACAAACGGUGUAUCCUCUUUCCUCCUGAACAGUUUGAAUGUCUCUAUCCAUAUCCUGUCCACCAUCCCUGUGACAGACAGAGUCAGGUGGAUUUUGAAAAUCCUGAUUUUGAAAGGUUCCCCAACUUCAGGAAUGUUCUUGGUUAUGAGACAGUGGUGGGACCUGGAGAUGUUCUGUAUAUUCCAAUGUAUUGGUGGCACCACAUUGAAUCACUGAUGGAUGGAGGGGUAACGAUUACUGUUAAUUUUUGGUACAAGGGUGCCCCAACUCCGAAGAGAAUAGAAUAUCCACUCAAAGCACAUCAAAAGGUGGCAAUAAUGAGAAAUAUUGAAAAAAUGCUCGGAGAAGCCCUUGGAAAUCCGCAAGAGGUUGGUCCACUGUUAAAUACAAUGGUAACAGGUCGCUAUGACUGAUGCAACUGAACGGUGAUAGUGUGUGGCAUUGACGUCUCUGCAGCUUUAUUUGUGGGUAAAUGAGGAAAAUGACCGAUAUAUUUAAGCGAUUGUGCUGACUGGUUUCCGAUACCUUUGGUUUACACCACUUAAUUACUACUGUAUUUACACUCUUUGGAUGCUGAUGAAGAAAGAAAUAGAAUCAACAACAUAAUGCAACACCGUCUACUCUACUUUGCACUCCUUGCUAGACAAUGACCGAAAUCGUAUGACCCCUCAGAGCAUCGCCUGCAUUCAAUGCUGUUUACUGCAUCCAUAUACCGCUUCUAAUACAGUAUCCAAAGAGCCGAAAGCAUUAUCAUUUUCACUAAAACCAGCUCUUAUUUCUGUCAAGAGUGAAAGCCGUAUAAACAUCAGCAAAUGUGGCUGGUUGAUCUUCUAGCGUUUGGAGCAAAUGUUUAUAAAUACAAGUAGAUACUUGGGCAGUUAAGUUGCCCAGUGCAGCCUGGUCGCAUUGAUUAUGUUCCAGUCAUCUAGUUGCAAAGGAGCCAUGAUGAAUGCUUCACUGAUGGCCCUGAAGUACUUUUCCAAUUCUGAGGAUCGCAAGGCAACUGCAAUGGAAUCCACAUAUCAGAUAUCCGGCCUAACUUUUAUAAACUGCUCUUUGGCAACUGUUCUCUCCAGGACACAGACAGGGGUGUUGCAUAUAGUUUUUACCUUUUGUUCUGCUGAUUGUUAUUGUUUUUCUAUCCUGAUGCACACAAACUUUACAGAAGAAUUGUGGACAUUUAUAGUGCCUACACCACCCUACAUACAGGAAAAAAGAACAAAAGGAUUUCAUACCAGCCUUGUUUUUUUUUAAAUAUUCUGUGGUAAUUUUAAUACUAAAUGAUUGAGCCAAAAUAGGCCACAUCAGAAUAUCUUCUUGCUACCUUGCAGUAAGUGAGUAUUUGUACUAAGAGGGUGAGCAGGAUAUGUGAUAAGUAUUGAACAUUGUGAAAAAGCAUGUUAUUUAAGUCUUGUUCACACUGUUCAUUCAUGCAACUAAAAGUGCAGCAUUUAAAAGAAAUGUGCCAAUGGAUUUUUGGUCAGUUGGGUUAUAGGAUUGCUGUGACCACGUAUAUUGAGAGAAUGCAACUGUCACAAAGCAUUUACUUUUGUGUAGGGAU